UUCAUUCUGUGAUUGCUUGAUAAAGUAGACUGUAAGCUCUUGGGACCAGAUUUCCCCUGUUUGAAGUGUUUAUCCAAUAGAUGUGGUUAUUGGAUGCAGCGGCACUGGUUCUUCUAGCUCCGGAUUGGACGCGUCCUAACAGUGUUCUUCAAACAAUUUUCACGCUACACAUCCAGUCAGUAAGAAAGUUAAAGUGACGCCCUGACGUUUGAGCCAAAUUAAGCCCUAACCACCAGCGGGGCACGGCAAUUUCUGAAGAGAUGGAAAAUCCUGAGCUGAUUGGGAAACACGGCACAGCACCAGACACAAUGGCCACCCCUAACGGUACACACUGCCCCAUGACAGACCAACUAAGGCGAAAACUUAAAUUCUUCUUCAUGAAUCCCUGCGAGAAAUUCCGAGCCCGUGGCCGUAAGCCGUGGAAACUGUGUAUUCAGAUUUUAAAAAUCGCCAUGGUAACAGUUCAGCUGGUCUUAUUUGGUCUCAGUAAUCAGAUGGUCGUGACUUUCAAGGAGGAGAAUACGGUUGCAUUUAAACACCUAUUUCUAAAAGGAUACGUGGAUUCCAGCGAUGAAACAUAUGCUGUCUAUAGACAGGAUGACGUUUAUGAUCAUAUUGACUUCACUAUUAAACAGUACUUGGAUUUAAAGAAUGUCUCCGUUGGGAACCAUGAUUAUGAUACAGAUGGAGGAGAACAAUCGGGUCUGACAAUCUGCCAGCAUUUCUACAAACAAGGCAUAAUUUUUCCUGGAAAUGAAACUUUUGAUAUUGACCCAGAGAUUGAGACAGAAUGCUGCUAUAUUAAACCAGCGAGCCCGGUUGGCUAUCUAUCUGAGGACAACGGCUGGUAUAAUAUGACUCUGCACUUUUACAGGCUCGUUAUGGUAGACAUUAUGUUCAAAUUGAAAGCCAUUAAUCUUCAGACCAUUCGUCACCAUGAGCUUCCAGACUGCUAUGAUUUCACAGUAACAAUAACCUUAGAUAACCGAGCCCACAGCGGGAGGAUCAAGAUAACUCUGGAUAACGAUGCUGGAAUACAGGAGUGCAGAGAAUGGCACAUGUCCGGCUCCGUCCAAAAGAACACGCAUUAUAUGAUGAUUUUCGACGCCACAGUUAUAUUUAUCUGUAUAUCUUCUGUGACGCUGUGUGUACGUUCCGUAAUUAAUGGGGUUCAGCUCCAGGCGGAGUACGUUCGCUUCGCCCAGUAUCGAUUCUCUAGGAAGGUCUCCUGGGCUGAUCGCAUGGAGUUUGUCAACGGUUGGUACAUACUGAUUAUCAUCAGUGAUUUGCUCUCCAUCAUCGGCUCAGUCUUAAAAAUGGAAAUCCAAGUAAAGAGCCUGACAAGUUAUGAUGUGUGCAGCAUCUUUCUUGGCACAGCCACCAUGCUGGUAUGGCUUGGAGUCAUUCAUUAUCUGGGUUUCUUUGAGAAAUACAAUCUCCUGAUCCUGACGCUAAGAGCAGCUCUUCCCAACGUGAUCCGAUUCUGCUGCUGUGCCGCCAUGAUCUAUCUGGGAUAUUGUUUCUGUGGGUGGAUUGUUUUGGGCCCUUAUCACGUUAAAUUUCGUUCUCUAAACGUGGUGUCGGAGUGUCUUUUCUCUCUGAUUAACGGGGACGACAUGUUUGCCACCUUUUCCAUCAUGCAGCAGAAGAGCUACCUGGUCUGGUUAUUCAGCCGUCUGUACCUUUAUACUUUCAUCAGCCUCUUCAUAUACAUGGUGCUCAGCUUGUUCAUUGCACUGAUAACCGAUACGUAUGAUACCAUCAAGAAUUACCAGAAAGGUGGAUUCCCUCAGUCUGAGCUCCAUACCUUUGUGUCAGAGGAUAAGGACGUGUCGCCAUCGAGCAGCUGUAGACAGGAUGAGAAUACUGCGGCUGUAUCUACAUUUUGCUCCUGCGGCCAGUGUACUGGAUCCCAAAAAUGACCGUUCACAGCUCAGUGUGUCAGAAAUUCUCAACAUGAACGGACCAGAACCGGCAACACCGUGCCGGUUAAUAAUUCAGACGGUUUAUCGACCAAUCACAGAAUAAAUGUUACUAUUCUAU